UGUCCUCUUUAAAGACGUUGCCUUUAGACCAAUACUUCUAUCAUACGGCACACGACAGUCGACAGCAAUACAACUGGGUUAGUGCAAUGGUCAUCUGACCUUAGAUAGUUGUACAAUUUUGAAAGAAGAAAAACACAAGUCCUUAUAAAAAAAAGAAUCAGCAGCAUCCAGAGAAUUGCAGUCCUCUUCUUAGUUCUUAUACGCUAAUUGGGGGGUUAAGGAAAAAAAGGAGUGGGAUUUGCGUGCACAUGGUUGUUGCUGUGUACGAGAAUGGCUCUUCCAGGCCGCCUCCUCCUCCUCUUUCUCACUGCCGCACAUGCAGCCCUGCAAACAUGCGGUGGUGACCAAACCCCUGGCCCCGUUGCAAAUGUAUCCAGGGUCUGGAGCAGCAAUACCUCUAGAGACGUGCUCCUCUGCUCUGUCCCAGGCAAUGGCAACGAGAAACUGUCCUUCGCUGCCGGCUUCUACUGCUCCUCCCCUUGCGACGCCAUCCUCUUCGCCGUCUACAUCACCUCAGGCUCCGGCGAUAUCCCUGUGGUCGUGUGGUCUGCCAACCGUGACCUUGCGGCACACCAGAACGCCACCCUGAGCUUCACCGCCAGUGGUGAUUUGGUUCUUGCAAAUGCAGAUGGCAGCGUUGUCUGGUCCACCGGCACCUCAGGGCAGUUUGUCAUUGGAAUGACCAUCACCAACUCUGGCAACCUGGUGCUAUUUAAUGAUGCCUACAUGCCGGUGUGGCAGUCGUUCGAAAAUCCAACAGAUUCUUUGCUCCCUGGGCAGAUGCUAGCGGAGGGAAUGAUGUUAAGGCCCAACAGCUCUGCCACCAACUGGACUACAAGCAGACAGUUAUAUUUCACUGUUCGGUCUGAUGGGCUCUAUGCGUUUGCCGGAUCUGACCAACCUCAACCAUACUAUCGGUUUGAGUUUUAUUCGUCAUAUCUGGUUAAAAAUGAAAGCAUCACACAGUAUCAGUACAAACCAACCUUUGUGACUCUGGUGAAUGGGAGCCUAUCAAUCCCUGGAUCUGAUCCACUGGAGACCAAAUUGCCACCUGCACACUCACUUCAGUACUUGAGGUUUGAGUCAGAUGGGCAUCUCAGGCUAUAUGAAUGGGAAGAGUUCAAACAACGCUGGGUGAUAGCAAAGGACAUCUUUGAGUUAAACUACUGUCAAUACCCAACUGUUUGUGGGGAGUACGGCAUCUGCUUAAGUGAGGGCUGCUCCACUGAGGGCAUGGACUGCUCGACUACGGAGUGCUCCUGUCCCAAUACCACAUACUUCAAGCCAAUUGACAACAUGAGACCUACUCUUGGUUGUGCGGUGGAAACUGAGAUUUCCUGCCAAGCUAUGCAAGAUCACCAACUCGUAGCAAUUCCUAAUGUUACAUACUUCCAUCUCUGGGGCGAUAGCCGUGGUGCACCAAUGACCGAUGAAGAGAGUUGCAAGAAAGACUGCUUGAGCAACUGCUCCUGUAAAGCUGCCUUGUUUAGUUUGUAUCUCAACCAAACUCAGGCUUUGCUCUAUCCGGAUCUAUCUCUUUCUAUGUCAUAUCUGAAUACGUGUUACUUGCUACCAGAAGUCCUUUCACUGCAAGCAUAUCUUGAUCCAGGCUACUACUCAAAAGAUCCGGUAAACGCUAGGUCAACAUUGUACGUCAAGGUGCAGAGUACACACCUGCUUCCUCCAUCAAAGAAAAAAAACACUUUUGGUUAUGCAAUUGGAGCAACCGCCGCUGCACUAGUGACACUCACCAUUAUCUCAAUGGUCAUCAGGAAGAGGUGUAAUCGACAAAGAGCUGAUGAAAGCGAUUUUGCAGACCUGCCUGGAACAAUAACGAGGUUCACCUUCAAGAUGCUGAAAGCAGCAACCAAUGAUUUCAGUAGCAAGCUUGGGGAAGGAGGAUUUGGUUCAGUUUUUCUAGGAAAAUUAGGCAAUGAGAUGGUUGCAGUAAAACUGCUGGAUCGAGCAGGUCAAGGAAAGAAGGACUUCUUAGCAGAAGUUCAGACAAUUGGCAACAUUCAUCACAUCAAUCUGGUAAAGCUGAUAGGUUUUUGUGUGGAGAGAUCACACAGGCUCCUGGUUUAUGAGUAUAUGCCUAGAGGAUCACUAGACAAGUGGAUUUAUUACUUGCAUAGCAAUGCUCCACUAGAUUGGGGCACGCGGAAGAGGAUAAUCACCAAUGUCGCCAGGGGUCUGUCUUAUCUUCAUGACGAGUGUAGGCAGAGAAUUGUUCAUUUGGACAUUAAACCACAUAACAUUCUCUUAGAUGACAGCUUCAAUGCGAAAGUUGCUGACUUUGGUCUAUCAAAGCUGAUCGAGAGGGAGAUAAGCAAAGUUGUGACAAGAAUGAAAGGGACACCUGGAUACAUGGCACCUGAAUGGCUGACUUCACAAAUCACAGAGAAGGUUGAUGUAUAUAGCUUUGGUGUUGUGGUCAUGGAAAUCAUCAGUGGAAGAAAGAACAUUGACUACUCUCAGUCAGAGGAGAAUGUUCAGCUCAUUACUUUACUGCAAGAGAAGGCAAAGAAAGGCCAGCUUGAAGAUCUGGUUGACAAGAAUAGUGAUGAAAUGCACUUACACAAGGAGGAAGUGAUUGAGGUGAUGAAGCUUGCCAUGUGGUGUUUGCAGAGCGAUAGCAGUAGAAGACCAUCCAUGUCCGUGGUGGUGAAGACCAUGGAAGGAGAAAGGGCGGUAGAUGACAAUUUGGGUUAUAACUUCUUUGAUUUGAGCCCUGCAAUAUCUGUUCCAGUUGAGCAGCUCAACAGUUCAUUGCACCCUGAAGCAUCAAUUUUAUCUGCCCCUAGGUGAAAUCAUAGGUAAAAAAAGGUCCAGUGUUCAACAGUAGUGUUGUUUCUAAUUAUCCUAUGAUGAAGUUUGAUUUAGUUCGUGAUUGUCAUGUAUGUUUCAGCAAUGUAGCUUUAAAAUGUCUUUGUCUAAGUUAAAAUCUGAAAUAACAUGCAUAUAUGCAUUAUAUAUACUGAGAUUUUAAAAUGGCCCUUGAAAAACAGCGAUGUACUGAA